AAAACCUAUUGACUACCUACAUUUACUAAAUCUUUUUAUAAACAUAGAUGUAUAGAGGGGUUAUUGGGCAAUGAAAGUUGUGAAGUAUUUAGAUAGUGACAGUGUUUAUUGGUUAGAGUGUAUCUUCUACUAAAUUGUUACUGUUAUUAUACAAUGGACGAAAGUAAAUUUAGAAAGUUAAUGAUCGAAAUAUGUUAUUGGAUAUGAAUAUUGAUAUACUGCAUCACAAAAGGGAUUAAUAUAUCUUUAUCUCAUUUUAAGGAAACUCUACGAGCAGUGUAAGAAAUUACAUUCUUGAUAAAAGUGAUAGAAAUGUCUUAUGAUAUGAUAAGGUAUAAGGGACUUUAAAUCGCAACAAUUUGCGGUAUUUACCGUGCACGUAUAUCUGUAUAUUUUUCUUGUCUAUUUUUCAUACGGAUGGAUCACUUAAUAGCUGGCAAGAGCAAGAAUAAAAUGUAAAUUAAGAAAGUUCAAAUUAAGACAUAAUUUUAGGGAUUAUAUUCUCCUCGACAUAAACAGAGCGAUUUAUUUAUUGCGUACUUGCAUCAUAUAAUGAUAAAUUGAGAAAAAAGGAGACAUCUAAAUGGAUAAACUUACGUCGCGAACGGUGUUUCAUGACAUUGAGACGCAGCCGACAAUACUGGAGGAGGAUGACGAUAACUAUUUGGUUGAAGACCGUAUUUCAUCCACCCCUGCGUCGGGAGAACGGAAGUCCAAAAUGUCUCCUACUCCACGUAUUGACUCGGACGAAGAAUGGGACACUGAUCUUGAAACUGAAGGCAACGAGGUAAAGCGGCACUAUAUCAGCGAAGAUCAGGUGAAACAGGUCUACCUAGCUGCAUGUCGACAACUGAAUAUCGUACCAGCUCAUUGUUUCCUUAAAGCCAUAAACACAGAUGUGAUGAACCUCAACUUUCAGGGUCUAGGAUCUUUAGGCACACGUGCAGUGGCAACUGCGCUUGUAAUUGACAGAUUUACAACCAGGUUGAAUUUGGCUGGAAACUUAAUGGGACAUGAAGGCAUCAGAAAUUUAUGUGACAUGCUGAAAGAAAAUGACUUCAUUACACAUCUAGAUUUGUCCGAGAAUGGUCUGGAUUCCUACGCUGCAGAGGUGAUCUCAGGUGUCUUUAAAGUUAACGACACGCUAACUGAUCUCAUCCUGUCUGGUAACCAUUUCAAAGAUUAUGAUGCCGAACAUUUCGCUGCUAUGCUCAACGUUGGUUCAAGAUUAAAACAUGGACAAUUUACUGGACUACGUAACCUUGAUCUAUCACAUAAUGACCUUGGGGACAUAGGCGCGCAGAUUUUAGGCCAUGCAAUAGGUGACAAUGAAACACUAACACAUAUCAGCUUGGCGUGGAAUCAGAUUCGAAAAGCAGGGAUAAGUUGCAUUGCGAAAGGAAUUGGGGAAAAUAAUAGUUUGUUAGUGUUUGAUCUUACAUCUAAUGGUGUUGAUAACGAGGCAGCAGAGCUUAUUGGAAAGGCACUUGUCAAUAACCGAAAACUGACAGAGCUAAAUCUUACAUCAAACAGAGUCGGGUUUGUGGGUAUCGCCUCUUUGUUCAAGUAUAUUGGAAAGAAUGAUACACUAAAAGUCAUCAGGUUAACCAAUAAUCCUAUAACAAGUCAGGGACCAGCGGCAGCAUUAAAGUUAUUACAACAAAGCGACUGCAGCGUUCUACAGGAACUGGAAAUAGCGGAUGCAUGUGUACCGAGAGAGUUUUAUAGUGUUCUUGAAGAGGUACAACACGUCCGUCCACAGUUUAAAGUUCAGCUCGGAGGUUUUAUGAAUGCUAGAGACAUGUGCAAGGCUGAAGCCAAAUCCCAAACUGAAGCAUGGAAGAGAGACCCAAUCCUUGUGUUCAUAAAUUUCAUUGACGAUCGGAAGAUCAAAGUGUUUGAUAUGUUUAAAUUGUUUGAUAAAGACAAAAGCUGCACUCUUACCAGAGACGAGUUCAAGAUCGGUCUCAGUAAGAUCGGGUGUCCUCUUGCGGAACAGGAACUGAAUCAACUUUUAAAUGUUCUCGAUGUGGAUAAAGACGGAGAAAUUGAUUUAGGAGAAUUCAUGGAUGGGUUUGAUAAGCACAAAAGACGUCUCACAAAAUACAGUAAAUAUGGAACAACAAGCAGAGUAGCAUCACCCACGUCUAGGGCGAAUUCCGGACCAUCAUCAACAGUCUCUAGUAGACCUUCAUCGUCCUCUUCGGAUGGUCGAGCCCAACAUGCGAGCAGACCAUCGUCAGGCGUACAUGCCGAUGUUAUAAAUUCCAAAAAUAUUACCACAGAAACAAUCACCCACACUUUGACCUUGGAACCACCAGGGCAGUCAUAUGCCUUGCAUGCUUCCUAUAAUGAUCAAGCGCCUGACAACAAUGAUAUCGUUCUAACUGUUCCGAAAGGCUUAACAGUCACGUGAUUCUUUGACAAAAGUGUUGUUGUUGAUGGUCGUUGCUACCAUGGGAAUUAUUAAAAAUGAAAUAAAAAGUUAAAAUGCCAUUAAAAGCAGCAGUAGAAGGGAAAAUUGAAAGGAGGUCAUUUUUAUUCUAGUGAUUUCUUACUUUUGUCCUGAAAUUACAUUAUUUGCGACAGUUAACAAUACUUCAUGUAUUAGCUUAAUAAACAUUGUUAUUAUGUGAACGAGUACCCAUUCGUACUAAAUGAGGUUAUGGAUGAGUUUUAUUUAUUUUGAAUUCUUUUCGUGAAAAAGACGAAUGCUAGUGAAAACUAUGGUGGCAUAUUUCUGCCACGAGCUAGCUAUGUAACUAUUGGCAGUAUUGGGACACUUUGAAUAUAAAAACUACCUUGAUAAAGCGAAGAUUUCUUGAAGGAUUAUCCCAAAAGCCGAAAGUUUCCUGGAAAUGUUAUUGCCAUAAUUCACAUGAUUAUCUCGAUACGUUUUGCACUUUUGCACAAGUGCCUGCCCACAGCUGCCAUUCAUAAAUUGAUAUCUAUCUCGAAACUUUCAAAAACUGUAUUGAUAUUCGAACUUUUCUGAAAAUUUGUUCUCAUUAAAUUAUAUUUUCCUGGAAAUAUAGUUUCUUGCGAUAUUGUUUUUAGAAAAAUGCAAAACAUUGCGAGAAAGUUUAGAAUAUUAUCGAGAGCUAGCAGUUAUGAGCAUUUACGCGGUAUUUGGCGCUAGAACAUUUUCAAGAAAUACAAAAAUAUCUAGAUAAUAUCAUUCAAUGCAUAAGUGUUUUAUGAAGAAUGCACAUAUUUUCUGGAAAGUUUAGAAUGUUUUUGAUAUAGCUACUAUAUUGUGGCAGAAAUCUGCCACCAUAGGAAACAUUGGACAAAACCCGGUGUUGGUUAAGUAGAAUCUUCUCGAGUUCUGUGUUUAAGUCAAAUUAUGACUUCCUCCAUUUUAGGUUUUGUUAUGUUUUACUGUAAAGUCAAAGAAUGAUUGAAUCUACAGCUUUGUCAGUAGCAUCGAAUCUAGUAUGACACCAUGAUAUCUACCCAACCGUGGUUUGAAAUGAAGUACAUUUUGCAUUGAUUAUUGUUCCGCUUGGCAAUUAUUCGAACUCAAAAUGAUUUUAAAUGAAAGGUUUUACGGCUUCUGAUUUAACUGUCAGCCUAUCAAUUAGACUAUCAUCAAUAUUUUCAUUAUCUUAAAAACUUGUAUAAAAUCCAAACGACUGAUUGCGGAAAAUUUCAACUGCUUCAAUCGGUCUUUGGAACAAAGGCUGAAAAAUUCAUGCCAUCAUUUAGAAAUUCUCAAUUAUUUUAAAUAAAUAUCAUUUUCAAUUAAGGUUACCACACAGUGUUUCCUUUAUCCAAAAUGGGUCUAAGUGGUGUCUUAUAAAUCAACUAUCAUAACAGCAAUCUCUAAGUGGUAAUAAAAUUCCUCACCAUACUUGGA